GCAAGAAGAGGGGAAAAAAAAAAAUGAAGAUACAGUGAAGUGAAGCAACGUAGUCGGGUGAGCAAAAAAUAUACACACAUAAGGGGCGGCGGCAGAUGUAGAGGAGAUAACGUCUCCCAGAUUUUAUCUCCCCCCCCCUUCGGAGCGAAAGGAAGGACAUACAUUGCAGUGAAGAUAUCAUCACCUGUUAGGAAUUUCCAUGUUUGGAAAAAUAAACCAACAGGAGCUUUCCUUUUUUUUUUUUUUUUACUAGCCCACUUACUUAGUACCCUCCACCCCCCAUCGGUAACAUAUGAAGACAUUACGUAACCCCUUCCCUAUGAGGUUAAAUCUGAAAAUCCUCUUUUUGGGUUCUUUCCAGAGAGGGAGCUUAAAAAUGCCCCACACUCUGUAGGUACAUUUUUCCCAAAGGGGGUAGGAUGACAUGAAUGCUCUCUUCCGCCCUGCGUCAAGCAUAACGUGGCCAAUCGCGACGCGCCAUGGGGUGAAGAAGAAAAAGGGAAUCUUCCCAUCUCUACGAAAUAGACUCUCUUGGGGAAUGCCAAGAAGGGAAAGGAAAAGAAAAACAGACGAACGCACCAAAGAAACGGUUAAAGUUAACCUCCAUUUAGACCGCAAAAAUGUCAGCAGCACAAAUUUGAUAAACUGCAUAGGGGAUCAAAAAAAGUUGUUGCUUUAUGCCUUAUGCCAGGCGCACAGAAAAGGAGAAAAUCAAUUGGGGGGAAGCAAACUGGAUGACCUGAUUCAUUCCUUAUGCGAAAAGGUAAUCACGAAAGAAGGGGGUCUACAGCUGAGGGAGAAGUUGCUCUUCCUUAGCUGCCUCCCCUCGAAGAGCUACGCUGAGAGGGUUACACUGACGAGAGGCGACCUCAAAGAUGGGCGGUUCCCCCCAGGGAGAAGCGCUCCAAUCGGCAGCGCCAAAGGGAGACAAAACAUUCACAGGAGAUUUAUCGAAUGGAUGGACCACAAAAACGCAUUUAACUACUACUGCACUGUUUUAAAAAAAAGGAAAAACAACAGCCUGGAAGAGGACGAAAUAGAUGAAGAUGUCACCAACUUUUUUCUGAACAAAUUAAACGCAGCGUUAGUGAGCACCAUUUCGAUGUACCUUCUGAAUGUUGCCUACCUGAACAGCAAGGUGGCCAUUCGAACCAACAGCUUGCACCUCCUAAUCACAUUUAUGUUAAAGUAUGUGAGGCAUAAAACGAACAGACGCAUACCCAUGGUGCGUCUGUGCAAGCACAUAGAAUUGUUAACCUCCGUAAUGUAUGCAGCGAAGAUUAAAAAUGAGAAAAACUACAGGGACGCGGAGAAAGAGGUUGAUGUGAUGAAUAAGCUCAAAAUGAUGAACAAGAAUGAGUAUCCUUUGGACACUUCCUCCUUCGCCAACAUGUGCUGGGAGGUUGUAGGCACACGGGGCAGUGCCGAGCUCGCCUCUGUUUGGGGCAACAACUUGGCCUACAUCACUGGCAAGUUUUACCACUAUUUUAAUAUAUACGAGUUUGAGUGCCCGAGGGAGGGGUGGCCGGCAGGGGGAAGCGGCUCCGGUGGAGCGGCGAACGUGGGCGGCGAGGUGGACGUAGGCAACGGGGGGGAAGUCCCACCCGGAAAAUUGAGCAACAUCUCAGGGGCAGCCGAAGAUAAAGAUGCGAUGACUCGGCAAAUCGUCUACAUGAUAUACUUCGCGAACAGCGCGCUGGUUGGCUCCCUAAACAAGUUGAUAAGAAGUUAUAAAAAGGGGAGUGAGGGAAGUGGGGGAAGCGAGAGAAGUGAGGGAAGUUCCAAUGGAGGCACCUCAAAGGGAGGCACCUCAAAGGGACGCCUUCCACCCCACAUGGAAGGAGAAGCGAUACGCAUAAUAACAAAUUACAUGUUCAGCUGUCUGCCGUAUAACAUUUUCUGCAAGACGCUUUUUAACAAAUUGGAGGAGCUCCUCAUUGGCAUGGGCGCGCUGGAGAAAAAGUUGCCACUGCUCUCACUGAGUCCAUCCACUCUGGUUCAGUUCAUGCACCUGAUGAGCAUACAGUACAGUAGCCACCACGUGGAUGCAGGUGCCACAUCAUUUCUGUGGAAAAAUUGCCUGACAGAAGUCCUAUCAAAUGAUUGCAAAUUGUUAAACAAAAAGGAUAAAAUUUUGCUCUACAUAAGCAUAUCUAAGAUUUUUUUUUUAAAGAAAAAGCAGAGCUCCUUGUUUAAAUUAAAUUCCAUUUUGUUCCCCGAGUUGGUACAUUUUACCUACCGAGAUUUAUACAGCUUGGUUUACUCCAUCGGCUACUCCCAGUUUUGCGAUUUGCCAUUUUUUGAGGCCCUCCUGAGGAAUAUUCACAAGUUCAGGCAGAAAUAUUGCAGCCGCAAGUUGUGGACCAUUUUGUCUAUUUUUCAGCCGUUCGACCUGAACAUGUCCAUCUUCAACAUGCUCCUGAGUUACGCCAACUGCGACGGCACUGAACGGGAGCGGAAGAAGAAGAAGGAGGAGGAAGAAGAAGAGUUAGAUGAGCCGUUCGAGCAGCACGCCGCCAACAAAGAUGCUAAGAAGUUGGAAGAAGAUUUGGAGAACAAGGAGAGGAUCUUAAAGGAGUUGGCCGCGCACAUUAAGGAGGUAAGUGCCCCUUUUUUCCUCACCUAA